CGACUUCGACGGUGUCUUGGACCAGCUCAUGCCACAGCACAAGGCGCUCUUGCAAAAGCGCUCGGAGAGCGACCUUUAACUCUCAGAUUCGUUCAUCGAGAGAGAUAAGUGGAGACCAUGGCUUGACAAUAUCAGAAAUCCCGUCGUAAUGGUCAUUGCGCCAUCGCUCUCAUUGCUAUCGCUGCCACCAUCACUGGCGCGUGUUACAUCCGCCGCGCGCGUCCGCACUGCCACCCAUGGAGUCGCUAACACGCCGAACAGGAGUCCUCGCUGGCCCGCCAGCCGUUGCAUCGCAGCAAUCGCGAGGCCUGAAGCGCAGCCGCUCGCCAGAGAACAGCUACGGCGACGCGCCGCGUGGCGACCCGGCUGAUGCAGAAGGCGAAGGCAAACCACGAAAGCGCGGCCGCCCACCCAAGUCAGCCAAGGUCGCCUUCGCGGGCAGUCCCGCCCGUGGCUCGCUCCCUGCGCACAAUGCCGGCAUUGCCCCACCGGUGCAGACACCGCAGCUGCAGACCUCGCCGCUCCCUCAGACGUCGCCAUCGCAAGCGUCGCCCUCGGCUAAAUCAACGCCGACCAAGCCCGCGGUCAUCAAGGCGCUGCCGACCGUGCGCGAUCACACCACGGACCAGCUGAACCCCGAGGGUGACGAAUAUCUUCCUCGCGAAAUCGAUGAAGCUGGAGAGCGCAAAGUCACACAAACCGGCCAUCCCCUCGACAACCGCGAGUACCGGUGCCGCACCUUCUUCGUACCCAACCGCGGCGAUAAACUGUUCAUGCUUGCGACCGAGUGCGCACGCGUCCUCAGCUACCGCGACUCGUACCUCCUCUUCAACAAGAACAGGUCGCUGUACAAGAUCAUUGCGACCCAAGCUGAGAAGGACGACCUGAUCCACCAGGAGAUUCUGCCCUACUCGUACCGCUCGCGACAGAUCGCCAUAGUGACGGCGAGGUCCAUGUUCAGGCAGUUUGGAAGCAGGUUGAUUGUCAACGGAAGAAGAGUACGGGACGACUACUGGGAAAGCAAAGCUAGGAAGCAAGGAUUCACAGAAGAAGACGCGGCAGGGGAGAAGCGCCCAGGUGCAGCAAAAGCAAGAGAGGCUGCGGCCGCCGAAGCCAAUCACGUCAGCGCCAUGGCCUUUGCUCAUCCAGGAGCUUUCGCAGGUGCGAACGCUGAUUACCUCGGUGCUGCAUCGAACCCUCUCCAGCCCUUCGGCGGUCUUACGCCAGCGCCUCACAGUAUGCCGAUUGGUGGCUUGGAGCCAUACAACCAACGCACAACAACUGAUCUGCAGCCUCGCGACUACAGCAGCGUACAGCGACCACGACACGAGCUUGCCGGCGCACCGUACCAAGACACUACGAGGCCCUCUCCAUCUGGCGAGAUUCUGAAUGCAGCUGCCCAAACAGUCGAGAUCAACAAGCAGUUUGAACAGCAGCGCAAGAACCGCAAGCAAUACCUGGGCGACAUUUGGAACCGACCCCACGAGCCGCCUGCGCAGCUGGAACGUCCAACGACUGCAGACGGUGGACAGGUACCACAGGUCUCACAAGCUAUGCAGUCACCACGCGUGCCAUCUACUAGCGUUAGCAUGCCUGGCAACCAGUAUGGCAUGCCGGCCCAGACGCCACAGAGGCCCCAGCAAGGUAUGGGCGUGCAGUCCUACCGCCAGCCGUCUUUGCCACAGAACAGCAUGGUUGCUUCGCCCAUGGCCCAGCAGCACACUCCCGUACCGAACCAGAUGCAUCGUCGUCCCCCAAGCCUUGGUCUACCACAGGGUAUGUCGCCAGGGAUGGGCUCAAGUGGUAUGCUUCCAGGAGUGCAGCACCCAGGCCAAGGCUACGCUCCUUCCAACAUGUGGCAGGGUGGACCACCGCAGCCAUCGCCACUGUCGCAGCAGCACAACAUGCAACAGUAUGCCCAGAGGCCGCCACAGCAGUCGCCGCAGAUGCAUCAUGCCCAGAGCAGUGGCUCGUUGCACGGUACGCCAAUCCAGCAAUAUCAAACCAUGAACGCUAUGGGAAGCACUGGGUUCUCCAACAUGGAUCAGAAUCCUUACCAGCCUAGUCCGAGCCCCCACCAGUUCAUGCAGCACCAGAGUGGCGCUGGCCAACAGCCUGGCAUGUACGGCAUGAGUCAGCCUCAAUCCCAGCAAGGAUGGCAGUCAUACUAGAAGCCUGGUCAGUCACCUGCAGUGCCAUCUCCGCAACGGUUGUCUGCUGCACUGAGGACGCGGCUGUCGGCUGUCUUGGGACAGCAGCUGCACAGGUAUGCCGGACGUCUUGAGGGGUUGGAACUGCACGUUGCCUCACGAGGACAUCCAGCCAUGAUCCCAAACGAUGCCGACCACGACGCAGAUAGACGCAGAUAGCAUACCUGCGUCGAUGGGCCACCUCUCUUGGGCUACGCACAUACCGCACAGCUACCGCUGAUUUUUCCAAUAUGUUGUCGCCCAUGUUCCUACCUACAAUGCCAGCAUUCUUAGCCGGUACCACUCCGCUCCA